UUCACUGGCUUGAUGUAAAGAAAUGACAGCUGUUAGUCUUUAAUCCGCUUUUUACGAGGAACACAUCAGAUAAUAUAUUGUAAAGGCUAUCCAUUUUAUUUCUAUUGGUAUUUUGUAGAAAUCCCAUGUUUUGGUGUAUUGACUAGUCGUUCAUUUACCCCUUUCUAAAGCCUGUGGGGACAGCACCUCUACCUCCCUAUCACACAUACUCACACAUAAAAUAGAACAAAUUAAAACCGAACAUGAAACAAAAGCCCUGUGCACCACUUACUUACUCCAGUUUUAUGCUUUAUCACUUUUAACUGUUGCUUAUUUUCCUGCCUAAAAAACUUUGUGCUGUCUUCCCAGAGCCAUUCCCCUUUUGUCUUCCGGGGAGGGGUGAAUUGAGCAAAAGGAAGCCUGACUGGAGGGAGAGAGAUGAGUAUCUAAACUCCGGGGGAAGGGAGAAGUGAAGAUCCGAGUUCCUGCUCGCAGGCUGCUGCAGUACUUAUAGGAAUUUAUUUUCAUUAGAUGGGACUUGGUGUAUGUGAGACGUUUCCUUCUUCUUCCUGUGACUAUUCUUUGUGUUAUUAAUCUUACAAUUGCAGUAAGAUGGUUUGCAUGGACAAACUUCCCAACUGAGAGUCAGCUUGGUCCUUGAAAGCGCCUCUGUGCUGGUUGAAGAAAGAAAUGAAAUUCCUCACACUGGCAUUGUCUGUCCAUCGCUGAGUCAUCUGAAAUCAACGACCCCACACCAGCUGAACACCAUGAAUGUCUCAGUCGUGCCUUUUGCCAACAACACCCCACUCUGCUACUCCAUAAACAACCCUCCAUUCAAGAUCAAAUAUACCGUCGCAUCGGCUUACUUCUCAUCCAUCUUCACCGCUUUGGGUCUCACCUCCAAUCUCAUCGCCUUUGUGGUUCUCAUCAAGUCCUUCCAGCGGACACAUAGCCGCUCACGCUCUUUUCUGAUCUUCCUGGGUGGCCUGGUGGUCACCGACUUCAUGGGUCUUCUGGUCACCGGCUCCAUCGUGAUCUCCUUCCAUGUUACGCACUUUAAUUGGCGCCGGUUGGAUCCAAACUGCCACUUCUGCAACUUUAUGGGAAUGUCCAUGGUCUUCUACGGACUGUGUCCGCUGAUGCUAGGUGCCGCCAUGGCCAUGGAGCGCUUCAUUGGCAUCAACUGUCCAUUUGCACGCUUCACCAGCAUGCCAAAGAGCCGGACAGUCUCCAUGGUGCUGAUGGUGUGGUUGAUCGCCGGCUGCAUAGCUUUGCUGCCCCUAACAGGCAUAGGAAGCUACCACAUGCAGAUUCCUGGCUCCUGGUGUUUUUUCAACAUCGGCUCUGAGGGAAACAACCUGGCCUUCUCCCUGCUCUUCUCUUUGGUCGGGUUGAUGAGCAUUGCUGUGUCAUUUUUGCUGAACACGGUGAGCGUUGUGACCCUGAUCAGGGUGUGCUGUGGACAGGAUAGUACCCAGCGUCGACGAGACCACGAAAUAGAGAUGAUGGUCCAGCUCAUCCUCAUCAUGGUCAUUGCUUCUAUCUGCUGGUGCCCCCUACUGGUCUUUAUUGCACAAACUGUGCUGUCCGGUGAAGGCCUUAAGAUCAAAUACCUACUCCUAUGGCUACGAUUCGCAACCUGGAACCAGAUCCUGGAUCCGUGGGUUUACAUCCUGUUUCGAAGGGCAGUUUUUAAGAGAAUCUACCCCCGCCUCAACUGGUCUCGCGGCUCCAUCAUGACCCUGUACCCGUCUGUCAGAGACACCGUCCGGAGGUUCACACGCUCUUCACUUGGGAGCACCCUGGAUCCAGAUGAAACAGGAGAGCCGCGGAAUUCAAAUGUAACACCCCCAUCAUCUUUGAAGCCACCAGCUCCUUCUCCAUGAUUGUUUGGAGUUGAGUGUUGCAGCAGACAGAAUGUCAUCAUUGGUGUUGCAGAAUGUGUUUGACUGUGUCUUAAGCUCUAAUGAGUUUCAUGUUGAUUGUGGCCCGGAUAAGAGGCAGAAUUGCACCAAUGAUAUGAAAUAAUUGAAUAUUGUUAUUUUAUUGAAUAUAACUGAAAUGUUCAACAGUAUUAGCAAUGACACUUUAAUGUAGAACGAAGUAUAAAGAGAGAGCAGCUAAAUUCAAUUUUAAGGGAGAUCACACAGCUGCCCACUGCUCCUCAAACUAUCCUUUACACUCCUUCUCCUGCUGUGGGAUUUAAGAAUAAUUACCAGUUAGACUUAUAUACCAUUGUUACUAGCUUUGGUUGCCUACAACUUUAACCGCCAUUUUGUUUGCAUAUAUUUAGUUAGGUUUGUUUUUUUUCAUAAACAAUAAGUUAUCUAUUUUUAUUUUCUUUCAUUCUUUUUGAGACGCCGGGAGAAUCAUGCAAUCUUUGCUAGUGUCCGUGAGUGAGUGUGCACCUCUGUGUCUGUGCACGACUAAUCUCGCAUUCUACUGCAGCACUCUGCAUAAUAUUUUGGGUGGCCAGUAAUUGCUGCAUGUUUAAGGACCUCUCAUGGUUGUGGUGAAUUACAUUUUUUCAAAACACCUUUUAUUGCAAGCUCUACACUGCCUGUCACUGCCUGCUGACUUCUCACUCACUAACCCUCCCGGCCGGUAGUGAUAACACAGUAAAGUGUUAUCUCUGUCAGUAUUUGUUGUUGUCUUUAUGUUUGAAGAAAUGUUUUUAGAAGCACAGAGGGCCGAUGGGACACUAACAUCUUAUGGAUCAAAUUUGUAAUCCCUUAAUAAAAUACAGUUUCUGUAACACCAUAGUGCACACAAUUCAUCUAAAACUGAUUUAGAGCUAUCUACACGCACUGCCUUUUCUACAGGUAGUGCUCACUCAAGUGUUUAAUUAAGUUAAGUUUUAAACAACUUUUUACAGUGGACAGGGGCAUUCUUCAGGUGAUUGUUUUAAAGUGAUACUAUAUCCUGUUAAGAUAUUAUGCCCUUUAUGCUCAUGUACACUUGCUUGGAUGUUCCUGAGUGUCACAGUAGACCCAGGAAUAUGAUGUAAUUGUGUUUUCAGGCUCAUGCUAAGUACUGUUCAUGUAUCGUUUCCUUUCGGAAAGCACCUUGAAACUGUGUGACCUUAAAUGUUGAAGGAACAGUAUGUUGAAGGAACAGUAUCCGUGUAACUUUUGAUCCCCUAUCUUGUACAGGUGCUCAAGAGAAUAUGCUUUGAUUAAAAUGAAAUAUAAUUUAUAGACUGCUAGAGGCAUCCAAACACUUUCCGUUUAAACUGUUUAUACAAUACAUUAUAAUGUAUUUUCUAUGUGUUAAAUGUUUUGAUGAUGCAUAUGAAUCAAACCAGACUUUCCAUCCCUAUGUAACAAAUUAAAUAUUUAUGCAGUCAAUGAAAAUGUAAGGUUCAUGUUGUCAAUCUUUUCCACUGUCAACUUAAAAAAUGCAAACAGAAAUAUAAUAGUAUUAAAAUGAGAUGUGUUGCUGCAUUCAAAACAUUCAACAAAAAAGGCUUUAAGUGAGUAAAAAUUAUGUAAGUGCAGAAGGUUUUGAGUGUGCUAGUGUAAGUUAGUGUAAGUGGGAAAUACAUAUUAUGUUUAAAUCUGGGUGAACUGACCCUUUAAAAAAAGGCUAAAUCAACUACCUUACAUUCCUUUGAAAGGAAUGUGUGCCUACUUCGGUUUUAGAUUUGAAUAUGUUCUAUGCAAAUAUUUCUCAGACCCAGAGGGAUUCAGGACACCCUAGCUUAUUAAUGGUUUUCAUAGAAAAAAUGUUAUAAGAAUUAGCUUUACUUACCAGCUGAGACUGAUAAAGAAUCUUAGUAUGGGGUUCAUCAUAUCAGAUACACCUUCUCUUACCUCUUACCUUUUCUUUGGGCCUCACUGCAGUGCUAGUAAAACAGUUGUUAUUUCUGCAUCUCUUAGAGAUGUUUAACUGAAACGUCAAGUUGCUAGUCAAUUGUAAACGUUUUUAUGAUAACAUUGAACAGGGAUGAUUUCGUUGUUAGAUAUUCCAAAUUCAGCCUGAUUAUUCGGCCAGUGUAAUGACAAACAUUGUAGCAGUAAGAAUACAUUAUAAUAUUAUAGUUAUCAUAUAAACCAACUAAUGCAGUCAUGUCUUGCUCUACUGGAUAACCUAGUAACCCAGCUAUUUAUGUUUAUGAGUUUAAAAGAUUAUAUUAUCACUCAUAUCGGUCACUCAAUUACCAGAAGAAUCACUGAAGCAAUAACCAACAAGAUGUUUCUUGCUUUUCUCCGUAGCAGUAUCAUCAAUUGAAAAUGUGGAAUGUGCUUGAGAGUAAUGGCAUUUGAUUGUACAUAUAAAUAAAUGAUUAA